CACGCAAUCAGACGGUGGGUGGAUGUGCCAAGAGCCUGACCUCCCCACGUCUGCUACCCCUCCCCCUUACAACCCAUGACAGCCUGUCCUGAUAUAGAUGGGACCAGGGACUGGUUUAAAAUGACAGGCUCAAGUUCUUUGAGGAAGAGAAGACUAAUUCAAAGGAGCAGCCAGACAAGCUUCCGUUCUCUGCAGGAAUAAUUACUAUUCCCCCCUUCACCAUGGCCCACCUGGGAGCCCAUUUUGCCUUUAGAUCCCGCUGGCAGAAGACCGACGAUGAACUCUGUCGUCAUAGCAUGUCUUUUAUCCUUCACAGAGCCAUUCGCAAUGACUUCUUUCAGAGCUACCUCUACCUGCUGGAAAAAAUUCCCCUGGUAAAAUUGUAUGCUUUAACAAGCCAAGUCAUUGAUGGCGAGAUGCAGUUCUAUGCCAGAGCCAAACUUUUCUACCAAGAAGUACCGGCCACAGAAGAAGGCAUGAUGGGAAAUUUUAUUGAACUAUCCAACCCAGAUAUCCAGGCCUCUCGUGAAUUUCUUAGGAAGUUUGUUGGGGGGCCGGGGAGAGCGGGAACUGGCUGCGCCUUGGACUGCGGUUCUGGAAUAGGAAGGGUCAGCAAGCACGUCUUGUUGCCUGUUUUCAGCAGUGUCGAGCUAGUGGACAUGAUGGAGUCCUUCCUCCUCGAAGCCCAGAGCUACUUGCAGGUUAACGAGGACAAAGUUGAAAGUUACCACUGCUAUAGCCUGCAGGAGUUCACGCCCCACUUGGGGAGAUAUGACGUCAUCUGGAUUCAGUGGGUAUCAGGGUACCUGACGGAUAAGGACCUUCUUGCCUUUCUUUCCCGGUGUCGAGAUGGCCUGAAAGAAAAUGGCGUUAUCAUUCUGAAGGACAAUGUAGCGCGGGAGGGCUGUAUCUUUGACCUGUCUGACAGCAGUGUGACUCGGGACAUGGACAUCCUUCGAAGCCUUAUUAGGAAGAGUGGACUGGUGGUGCUGGGCCAGGAGAAACAAGAAGGCUUCCCAGAGCAGUGUGUUCCGGUGUGGAUGUUUGCACUGCACAGUGACAGACACUCUUGAUCAGCCGUGGGAAUGAGCCACCAGACUGGAUGACGGUGCUUCAGGACUGGGUGCAUCUCCCAGGCACCUUGUGAGAUGCAGACAGAUAUGGAAAGAGGGGAAUACAAUGCAUGUCUAGAAUGAUUGAUGACGUAAUAUGUACAAGCUGUUGCUACCAUAAUGCACACACUGUGAUGUGUGCACGUUUAGAUAUGCGCUUUCUGUAACGAGACGUUCACAGAUGCUGUGGAUUUUCUGAGGGUCGGAGUGAAACAACAGGACAGUGCUUUAAUAAGGGGCGUGUUUACACCUUCACUGCACGAGUGUGAAUGUGAAGACCUGAGAAAGAAACGAUGCUCAUCAACGCGCGUCUGCAUCAGUCACUGAUGAUUUCUGUUUGUAAUCUAUCACAGAACAGGGUAGAAAGUCUAGUCCGUUUUUCCUGUCCCUCUAUCAGCUAUGGUACACUUUCUUCCUCUUUGCUUGUCACAUCUCUUGAACAAACAUCUCCAUCUAACUCAGAAGGUACUGGUCAAAUAACCCCAUGAAAACAAGUCUAUUAAUUUUGUCUUUAGCCCUUCUUUUGACAGAAAAAGUAUACGGUUUCCCUUUCUAUUUUGGGUCAGUUUUACUACCAAUGAUGUAAUAUGGAUGUAAUUUGAUAACUAAUGCUUACAUUACCAUGAUGUGGAAGUGUCUCCUUUCAGGAGAAAAUGUUACACACUCAAGUUUCACCCCAACCAUAUAAGUAAAUGUUGUCAAUGAUCUAAUUUUAGCCACUGGCUUUCAACGGCGCCUGCUCCUUUGCAUCUGGUCCUCAUUCCUUGAAUGAACGGAUGUACCUUGAGAGAGAAACAUCAAAAGAAACAGGCAAAUGAAAUGAUGCAUAAAGACUGACUUAGCUGGGUUCCCGAAAGGCAUUGGUUUAAAUAAAAUAAUCUAAAACCUUUCAAAAGGAAAAAUUGAAAUUCAGUUUUUAUUAGCACAGUGUUUAAAUAUGACUAUUUUGUCUUCAAGAUAUUUCAGCACCUUUAUGUUGAAGCACAGUGAUAUGGCUUGACCCUGAAAUUCAAAGAAGCAAUUUAAACUAAGAAGAUGUACUGCAUAGCUAUGAUACCAUCACAGAAAACAUAUUUUUAAAGCCAUAGCUCUAGAAUAAGAGAAAAAUGUUAGAGAGUAUGACAAAACUAAUAAUUAUAUAAAAUAAUAAAAACUAUAAGAAUUUAAUAAUAAUAAUAAUAACUGUUACAGAGUAACAAAACUCCCAUUUCACCCUUCAAAAGUUUUGUAACAAAUUAGCAAUAUCUUUUCUUUUUUGAGGCUGAUUCAAGGGAUUCCUCUUAUACCAGCAACUUAAUUCCUUUGUCCCUUAACUUCUACUUUUUUAUGAUUGACAUUUACCAAUCUUCCUUGUUCUGAGUUUUCAGAGUUUAUUGUGUAAAGACAAUUGCCCAGUGGAUACCAACAAAUGGUUAUUAACUCUAUUGAGUCUUUGAGGUUGAUAUGAAACCAACCAGUCCUCUUCCUCUUGCCAAAUCAAAUCAUUGACCAUUCUACCUAAAGAGUCUCCCGAUUUGUAUUAUCCUGCAAACAUUCCUGAAUUCUUUAUGCACCCUUAAUUUAAUCAAGAGCAAAGUUGAAGGUAAACGUUGUCAUCAGAAGCUCUGCAUUGUUGGUAACAGGCACGUGAGAAAACCAACACCACCACCAAAAGCAGAGGUGGCGUAAGGGGACUGCAAACCCGAUCAAGUAGUCUUAAUGGGUUGUGUUAAAGUUUGGAUAUGUUUCUGAAAGAAAUAAACAGAAGAUUUUUGGAGGUUG